CGAAAAUAAAUGGUUUCGAAACUCCGGACGCAUUAAUAUCUCGGUUUUAACGGGCUCUGUCUUUGGGUCUCCUCUCUAAACGAUGGCCGGGCUUGGGAGACGCGUCCUUACCUUUGGGACACGGUUCGUGUGUCGCAGUUGUACUCAACGCUUCCAAUAUCAAUCCUCCAGGACAUUCGCCAGCGCAAGCAGUUCCGAGCCGGACUUUUACGAUGUGGUCUGCGUUGGAGGGGGCCCGGCCGGCCUAAGUCUCCUCACUGCCCUCCGUGCGAAUCCAACUACCUCGCACCUCCGCGUCGCCCUUGUAGAGGCGCAAGAUCUAUCCAAGAUUCGGGAUUGGAGGCUACCGGCAGACCGGUUUUCCAACCGAUGCAGCUCAUUGACACCGACAUCCGCGCGACACCUCGACUCUAUCGGCGCAUGGAGCCACAUACAGCGCAGCCGCGUCCAGGAGUAUCAAGAAAUGCAGGUCUGGGAUGGUGUAUCUGGGGCACGCAUCGAGUUUGACUGGGCGCAGGACAGCGCGGCAUCCGAGGGAGGGAUUAUUGCCUAUAUGACCGAAAACCUCAACCUCACGUCCGGGCUACUCAAACGGCUAAAGGAGCUAGGCGGCGUCUCCAUCUUCGACGGGGCGAAAGUCGAGCACAUAUCAUUCGGGUCCGAGCAGCCCGACCUCGAUCUCCGACAAUGGCCCGUUGUACAAUUAUCCGGGGGGCGCGAGCUAUAUGCACGGUUACUCGUGGGGGCCGAUGGUGUCAACAGUCCUGUCCGGACGUUUGCGGGCAUCGAGAGCCGGGGAUGGGAUUACGACAGACACGGCGUUGUUGCCACGCUGGAAUUGGAAGGAGAUGGCUGGGGUGGCGAAUACAGCAAGGUCGCGUACCAACGAUUCCUACCGACGGGCCCGGUGGCCAUGCUGCCUCUACCUGGAAAUUAUUCGACACUAGUAUGGUCGACGACCCCAGAGAACGCGGCUCUCCUGAAGAGCCUCCCUCCCCAGGAGUUCAUUGCCAUGGUGAACGCGGCCUUUCGGCUUUCCCCGGUGGACCUGGAGUUCAUGCACAAGCAGACGUCAGGCCAAGAAGAGGAGCUCGCGUGGAGACUCAACCACACGCCUUUCGACCCGCAUUUGAUCCCCCAGACGGUCGUUGGCGUGCAGGAAGGCACCGUCGCGUCUUUCCCCCUGAAAAUGCGCCACGCCGAUACCUACACCGGCGAGCGUGUCGCCCUGAUCGGCGAUGCGGCACACGCGAUCCACCCACUUGCCGGCCAAGGUCUGAACCAAGGCCAGGGGGACGUCCAGAGUCUGGCCAGGACCAUCGAGUACGCUGUGUCCCACGGCCAGGACCUGGGCUCUACGCUGUCCCUGGAGUCUUACAACGCGGAGCGCUACGCUGCCAACCACGUUUUGCUGGGAGUCUGCGACAAGAUUCACAAGCUCUACUCCGUGGGGAGCGGUCCCUUGGUGCCGUUGCGCUCGCUGGGGCUGAAUGCUGUCAAUGCGAUGGGGCCGUUGAAGAAGUUCUUGAUGAGCCAAGCCGCAGGAAGCGGAGCUAAGCUUGUAUAAGAUGGGCUGCUGUACAUAUAUUUUGCCCUUCCAUCCCCGUGUACUAUGCAAUGUAUCACUACCUACCUUACAACAGUAUCAAACUUCUUUGCCAGUCUGUCAUACCACGAGACGAGAGUAGUGUGGCACACAUCGUAUCCACCAUGGCGGAAUGCAAUAUCACGGGCAAUAUUGUGUGGGAAAAAAUGAUAACUUAGGAAACAAAAAAGAACGAUGUGAUAUAUACGUCAACUUGAUGCUCUGUCUUUUCCCUACUAGUACAAACGGAAUAGACCUUACGAUCCUCUACCUCAUUUUGCCCUCUUAAACCAACAUCUAUCGGUCAACCUCACCUAAUUUCACUU